CCUUUUACGGACUGACAACUGUAGUGCCUUUCUCUGGUUACUCGUGGAUUUAAGUCGGUUGUUUGUUUUGAUAAAUUUCGCCCACAUUUAACAGACUAACACCGUAAGAAGCUCAGCAUGGGCACCGUCCACGCCCGGAGCCUGGACCCUCUGCCCAUGCAUGGGCCAGAGCUCGGAGUGCAAGCUGACGACAUUGAGUCAGCGCACAUUGAACCAGAGCCCAAUCAGGAGGUUCUUGAAAACAAAGAUGUUGUGGUUCAACGGGUGCACAUAGACGGCCUAGGAAGAACCAAAGAGGAUUUGUUGACCUACGAAAUCGCUGAUGUUUUCCGGGCAAAAAACUUGAUUGAUGUGAUGAGAAAGUCCCAUGCAGCUCGACAGAAGCUGUUGCGUCUUGGGAUCUUCAGAAAAGUUGAAGUUGUCAUUGACACAUCCCGAGGUGCCGAUGCUCUUCCUAAUGGCCUCGAUGUGACUUUUGAAGUCACUGAACUGAGACGACUGACAGGCAGCUACAGCACCAUGGUUGGAAACAAUGAAGGAAGCAUGGUGAUGGGUUUGAAGUUACCUAAUGUAUUCGGGCGUGCUGAGAAACUUACAUGUCAGUUCUCAUAUGGCACUAAAGAGACAUCGUAUGGCGUCUCCUUCUUCAAACCUCAACCAGGAAACUUUGAACGCAACCUCACUUUUAAUGCCUACAAAGUCACAGGUCAGUUUCCAUGGAGUUCUCUGAGGGAGACAGAUCGAGGCAUCUCUGCAGAACUGAGCUUCCCAUUGUGGAAGACCAGUCAGACACUGAAGUGGGAAGGAGUAUGGAGAGAACUAGGCUGCCUGGCUCGCACUGCCUCGUUUGCCAUCCGAGAGGAGAGCGGACACUCCCUCAAGUCCUCACUUUCGCAUUCUAUGUCCAUUGACACCAGGAAUUCCUCCAUCCUUCCCAGGAAAGGUGGUUUGCUGAAGAUCCACCAGGAACUUGCUGGCUACACUGGGGGAGACGCUAGUUUUCUGAAGGAAGACUUUGAGAUCCAGCUCAACAAGUCACUUUUCUGGGACUCGGUCCUUUCUGCCUCAUUGUGGGGGGGGUUACUUCUACCCAUCGGUGAAAGGGCAACAAGCAUAGCAGACAGGUUUUAUCUGGGUGGUCCCACCAGUAUCAGAGGGUUCAGUAUGUACAGUAUGGGCCCACAGAGUGAAGGAAUGGCAGGUGACUACCUGGGUGGAGAGGCCUACUGGGCCGGAGGCCUCCACCUCUACACUCCUCUCCCAUUCAGACCAGGCAAGGGAGGCUUUGGAGACCUCUUUAGAACACACUUCUUCCUCAAUGCCGGAAACCUGUGUAACUUGAACUAUGGUGAGGGGCCACAAGCACAUUUGAAAAAACUGGCAGAAUGUAUCCGUUGGUCAUAUGGACUGGGUGUUCUUCUGCGUUUGGGAAACAUUGCCAGGCUGGAGUUGAAUUACUGCAUUCCCAUGGGAGUCCAAAGUGGCGACAGGAUAUGUGAUGGGGUCCAGUUUGGAGCGGGAAUCAGAUUUCUUUGAAGGCACUUUUUCUCUGCACUUAGCUCCCUAAUGUUAUGCCAGUUCUCACUGUUAAUGUCAUGCCUGAAACAUUGUGUAAAAGGGAUAAUUUCUUGUAUGGAAUUACUGUUGCAUCCUAUUGACUCAAUAAAAAGUUUGCACAUUUUA